GAAUUUUCGAGUAACUUUGUGCAUGGUUUUCUUUAAUAUUUUAUUGGUACUUUUUGUGAUCUGUUCAAAGGUAUCACACUAUCUUCUGUAAAAAUGUCUUGCCUUUCAAAAUCCAUUCCUAUGAUGUCUAGAGUGGCAUGCGACUUUAGUUUCUUUCAAGUAAUAUCUAAUUGUAUAUUGAUAGAAAUAUUCUGUUUCUUGUAACGGGCGAAAACCACAAAUUCGGAUAGAUCCAAUAUUCUUGAAUAUGUUUCAAUCGUUUGUGAUUUUCUCACACUUUAUUGUCACAUGCUUAAUAUCCCAGCCGUCUACUAUUUUGAGUUAUGCAAUCUUCAGAUUGUGUCUAUUUGUGGUUGUUGUAACCUAAAUUGUCUGUAAGGUAUAUUAUCAUUUGGGUCAUAAGAAAUUUUAUUUUGUGAAUUAGAAGCAAGAGGCGAACAUAUUGAAUACCUCACAUCAUUGCCCACAUUGUCUUACAAAUUUAGUUUGGUAAACGGAAUUUUGCUAUUUUAUCAGCAGUCACAAAGAUACUUCAAUAAAUACGGCAGACGUUAACAUUUCUUGUUGUAACUCUCUAAAACUAGUGCAUGUGCUUGUUAAACAAUUUCUUGUUGAGUUUGUAGAACUAUGGUCUACUAUGAUAUUAGUACUGCGCUAAUAAUAGACCUAAUCUUAAAAUUGUAUAAUUGCCAUGAUAUAAGUGCCUAAUCUAUAAGAUCUUACGUAGAAGUCAUACCAUCGUCUACAUAAACUCAUCGUAUCGUAACAAUCACCAAUACAUGAUGUAGAACAAACUCAGGCUAGAGAUAGAACAAUAUAUUUAAUAUGAAUAAAAGAUAUAAGGUAACAUUCAGCAGGGACCACGCCUGCAUGGUCGAGCCAUGCCAUUCGAUCAACUCCAAUUAGUUCAAUCCAUUGUUCUCGCCUUCUCCAUCGUUAGGUAUUUCUCCGCGUUAAAUACUGAAUAUCUAUUUUCCGAAUAGUCUCGUGUUCAGCUUUGAGGAUUGUGUGGUUAUUGUCCAAUGCCACUACAAGUUCGAUUUUUAUCUUUCAGUUUGGUCGGUUAACCAGUCUCUUUAUAAAUGUAAUAAACGUCUUUAUUCGAAGUUUUUUAAAUCAUGGAAAUUAAGAUGAGACCUACAUUUCCAUAACGUGACUUACGGAUUUUUAACUACUGAGAGGUUAUUCGUCGUUCAUCAGUGCUACACGUAAUUCUCACGAGGAUUUGAAAUAAUUUAUCAUCGUUUCCAGUUAUUCUUAUAUUUAAUUAAAUUUUACUGUUUACGAAAUUAGGUGAGGUGAUAUGUUUCUUUGUGUUAUUUUGUUGAAAGAUCGUCAGUGAUAAAUUUUAGCUGUUUCACCACUUUAUACAGCUCAUUUAACGUUUUAACAUAUUUCACAGACCAUCAGUUUCGUAUUGUUUGACUUUUUCCUUAAGGCAAUUUCCAUCAGUAACUUUCUUUUUUUGCUAAACGCUUUGAUGUAUAGCUUUGGAAACUCGAGAACCUGAUUAAAUAUGGAGGAAAAAGUCCGGUCACCACCUGUUGAUAGGUACAAUUUGGCUUACGUUUUCCUGUUUUUGCACGGUAUCGGAUUUUUGAUACCAUGGAACGUCUUUAUUAAUGGCUAUGAGUAUUUUGAUUACAAGUUAAAUACAACAACGAGCUAUAAUGCGGACUAUCGUAUCAAUCUUCUAAGCUAUUUUGGUUUUGCUGCUCAGUUCCCUAGUUUGUGUUUUGCUGCAUGGAAUACAUUUUAUCAAAGUGGCUCUACGACCUCAACUCCACGAUUUCGAUUUUUGGGAUGUAUGAUCGUCGAGAUUAUUGUCCUUGUACUAACUAUUAUUUUGGCCUUGAUUGAUACUUCGAGCAUUCCAGGAACAUUUUUCCUUAUAACGAUUAUAUGUGUAGUGAUCAUUAAUAGUUGUGUUGGAGUUCACCAAACUUUAACAUUCGGCAUAGCUGCAUUGCUACCCAUGAAGUAUUCAAACGCAGUGAUAGUAGGAUCCAAUGCAUGUGGUGCAAUAAUUUCAUUAGUGAAUAUUAUUACGAAAUCAUUAACUUUAAGUGCAGUUAAAUCGCAAAGGUCAAUAAUUAUUUCUGCUGUUAUUUUCUUCUUAUCUGCAGUAUUAAUUAUUAUAGCUUGCACAUUCACAUUCUUUUGGUUACAACGUUUAAAAUUUGUUCGUUAUUACUCUAAACUUCGUCAGUGUGACAAUCAUAUAAAUGAAUCAGAAAGAUCCCAUAAUACUAUCCAAAACCAUAUUAAUACUAAUAAUAAUAACAACAGUGAUAACAAUACUGAGAGAAAAAUUCCUGCUCUUUUGACACUACCAAAAGACUCAGAAGAAAGCCAACAAAUAUUAGAUCGUUAUAGUCCACAAAUUAGCAAAAGUGAAUUUGAUGAAAAUGAUUGGGAUGUGGAACAACCGGCUGAAAAAUUAUUAAAUUCAUCUUCCAAUAAAGAACCAUCAAUACCAUCAACAAUGGCCACUACGAAUACUCAUAUAACUGAUCAGUUGGUAACUGGUAAAGUAAAUGAUGGCAAUAAGGAAUACUUAGUAAAAAAAUACCGUUCUGUGCAGACUAGUGGUUGGUAUAUAUUUCGAAAUUGUUUUGGUCUAUGUUGUUUUAAACCACCUAGUGGUAAACAACGCUGUUUAGACUAUUGGUCAAAAUAUAGUUUAACUAUGAAAGAAUGUUGGAGCCAGUGUGCAAACAUUUGGUGUGUAUUCUCUUGUACACUAUCCAUAUUUCCGGCAGUUCAGUCACGUGUUAGACCAGUAAAUCCAGAAUAUUUUAUUCCACCUCUCUGGUUUGUUGAUGUGACUUGUUUCUUAUUUUUCAAUGUAUUUGCAAUGUUGGGAUGUAUUCUAUGUAACUGGAUACAAUUUCCAGGACCGCGUUAUCUAUGGAUUCCUGUAUUGUUACGUACUAUUAUCUUCAUUCCAUUCUUUUUAUCCUGUAAUUUCGGGAUUGAAAAUCCUCAUCUAUCUGUUCUGAUUACAAAUGAUCAUAUAUAUGUAUUAGGUUGUAUUUUAUUUGCAUUCAGCAAUGGACAUCUUGCAUCACUCGGUUUGAUGUAUGCACCAAGAUGUUGUUCACCUGAUCGAGCUCCAUUAGCUGGAAUGUUUGCCGCAUUCUUUUUAAUUCUUGGAGUAUUCACUGGAGUUUACGCUUCUCGAGGUCUAAAUAGUCUUAUAUAUUAAUAAGUUACUAUUAAAGUCUAAAUAGGUCUAAUUAUUAAAAAAAACCUGUUGUAUAUGAUCGUUGAUGCACUCUAUAAUAAAUAUCUUUUAUGUCAAUAGUUAUAUCUUUUCUUUAUUAUAUUACAUUGAAUUCUUUAGAAAAAAUGAAACACUUAUCCAUAAUUAAUACUGAUAAUUAUUUUUAAUUAGUUACUAUAACGCAACAUCCCUAUUGUCAUUUUACAUAAUAUUUAAAUUUACCACCACCACCAACAACAAAAAGUUCUUAACAGCGCCCUUUUUCUUACCUAUGACAAUUAAAAAACUUUUUUAUUACAUUUUAAAUAUUAAAAAAAAAACAGCACUGGGGCCAUUAUUAUUGCAUUUUCAUUUUAUUUGUUGCAUAUUGAGUAUGUUUUAUAACUUUUGAUUGAUGAAAUUAUAAAUUUUAAUUGUAGUUUAACAUUUAUUAAAUUUUAAUGAAUAAAAUUUAUUGGUGAAC